AUGCUUUAAAAAUUCUUGACAAAAGUUUCUUAUUUUGAUAGAUUUGGAGCUGAAGUAAAACUAAAUUUCAGAAAAAAAGAGACCCAUUAAUCUCCCUUUGGAGGUUUCUGUACAAUUUUACUUUUUGUGGUCUUGACUGUCAUAUUCAUAAGAGGAGCUAUAGGACUUAUAAAUAAAGAAACCUUCACUGUAUGAUAUUAUAAUAAUUUAAUGAGAUCUCCUAUAAUAAAGUACUCAAUGUCGAUCCACCAAUCACUGAAUUACUCUCGAAAGAUUUCAUGAUGGCCUUCUAAGCUGAGAAUCUUAUAGAGAAUGGAACCAAACGACUUUUUAAUUUCAUUUUUACAUCUCAUUUACAAAUGAUGGAUGAAAAUGGAAACAUGACAAAGACAGAAACAUCAACACACAAAUUAGAAUAAUGUAAUAUUUCACAUUUUAAUGAAUUUGAUGAAGCAAGUACAUAUAAUGUAGCAAUUUAUUUUAAUCAUUAGAAAUUACUGAAAGAUUAAUUAGAUGAUUACUACUGUCUCCCCCUCAAUUAUAGUCUCUAAAUAUAAGGUACCUAAAAAUCAAAUAUAUUUUAAUAUGGUAAAAUAUCAGUAACAAUCUGUUCUUCAGAUGAUUGUUAUUCAACUGAUGAAAUCCAACAAUUCUUACGAUUAGGUUAUUUCAAUAAUAGCUUCAAAAUUAACACCUUAAUGUUGAAUAGAGUCCCUAAUUUAAACAUACCUAAUAAUUAUAUCUCCUACAUUUAUUCAGAUUAUUACAUCUAAGCAAAAAUUGGAUAAGAAACUAAAACAGAUGUUUAUUUAGAGUAAUAACAACUCUCAAUUGAGAAAUCAGUCAUACCUGGAAUCAAAGCAUUGGAAGAGGAUCAUGUAUUUUCAAUACUGGAGAAUAAAUUAUAAGCAUCAUCUGUUUUUACAUCAAAUAUAACUAGAGUUGCAUCUUUUUUCAUUAGAUUGUCUUAAUCAGAAACACAUUAUUAUAAAGAGUAUUAUAGAUUUGAUGAGCUAUUUUCUUAUGUUGGAGGAAUUACUUAAUUUCUAGCUACUAUUCUUGGUUAUUUUAUUUUAAGAUACAAUCAAACAGGAUUGUAGAUUAAAUUAGCCAAUUCAUUAUAUUAAUUUGAUAUGCCUGAAAAAUAAAAAGGAUAGAUGGUAUUUUCUUUUUAAUUAUUGGUCAAUAAAAUAUUUGAAUCUCUUAAAUCAAUUGAAGAUGCAGUAUAAAAAUUUAAAAAUAGUGCUCACAGAAUAAUUAAUUUGACAAGAUUAGCAGGAGGUCUUAAAUUUAAUAAUCAAUAAUCUUAUUAAAAUGAUGAUAUUGAUGAUGAAAUGGUAAAUCAUCUUGCAAAUUAAUAAGUACCUUAGACUGAUAAAUUAAAGUUAGAUAAAUGUGCUGAUCAUUGUCAUGAAAGCAAUUAAACCUUUUAUUUAGAAUAGGAUAAAAAGAAAUUUCUCAGUCUUAUUGUUUAAUUAAUUUUGGAAAGUAGAAAAAAACUAUCAUUUGGUGUUCAUUUUCUAGCUAAAUAGGUAUCUGGAUCAUUUAAAAAGAAUACAGCUGUAAAUUAUUAAUCUCAAUUAUUUGAAAAAUCUAGAAAAAUGAUUUUAAGAGAUAUGGAUAUUCUAGUUAUAAUGAAUAAAUUAUAAGAAAUUGAAAAAAUUAAACAUGUAAUCUUUAAUAAAACAUAAAGAAAAGUAUUUAAUUAUUUAUAAAAACCUGUUGUUUGUGUUAAAAAGAAAAUCAAUCAAGAUAAAUAUGAUCAAAGUUUAAUACAUGGUGAUCUAAAAAAUAAAAGAGAUGAUACUCUUAGAUUAACAAUGUCUUCUAAAUCUUUACUUGGUAUUAGAUAAAAAUAUAAUACUGAAAAGAAGUUUAACAAAUUAUAUGAAGCUUAUGAAGAAUUAGCACUUGCAGAAGAUCCAGAUGAAACUGAAAAAAUAAUGAAUUAGAGAUUAUUAAAAUUGGUUGAACCAACAAUCUAAUACAGUUUUAAUUCUCUAGUUGAAAUUGAAAAAUUAUCAAGAUAACUAAGGCACAAUAAGAAAAGGAGAGUAGCAACUUAGAUUUUGAAACCUCAGAAUUUCAAAUUAGGAUCUUCAAAUGAAGUUGAAGAAGAAAUAGAAAAUAAUUUUGAUAUUGAAAGCAUCACUCUCAAUGGUUAGAAAAAGGAUAAUUUAUACAAGAAAUCAUAGCCAAGUUUACCUGAAAAUAAAAUUAAGAAUUUAACUACUCUUUAGAGUUCUACAAGACAAUUAAAGGAUGUAAAAUUAAAUCAAAUUCAAUCCAAAUAAGAUUUUCUAGAUGUAGAGAUUAAUUCUUCAUGA